AUGCCUAAAGGAGGGAGAAAGGGAGGCCACAAAGGCCGGGCACGGCAAUACACGAGCCCUGAGGAGAUUGACGCACAGCUCCAAGCUGAAAAGCAGAAGGCCAGGGAAGAAGAGGAACAAGGAGAAGAAGAUGGAGAUGGGGCUGCAGGUGACCCCAAAAAGGAGAAGAAAUCACUAGACUCAGAUGAGAGUGAGGAUGAAGAUGAUGAUUACCAGCAAAAGCGCAAAGGUGUGGAAGGCCUUAUCGACAUCGAGAACCCCAACCGAGUGGCACAGACAACCAAAAAAGUCACACAACUCGACUUGGAUGGACCCAAGGAGCUUUCAAGGAGAGAACGAGAAGAAAUCGAGAAGCAGAAAGCAAAAGAGCGUUACAUGAAAAUGCAUUUAGCUGGGAAAACAGAGCAAGCCAAAGCUGACCUUGCCCGGCUGGCAAUUAUCCGAAAACAGCGGGAAGAAGCUGCCAAGAAGAAAGAAGAAGAAAGGAAAGCAAAAGAUGACGCAACUUUGUCAGGAAAACGAAUGCAGUCGCUCUCCCUGAAUAAGUAA